GCCGUCCGCGCCCAGGCGCGGGAGUCCGAGCGCCGAGCCCGAGCCGGAGCCCGCCCAGCCCUGCGCCCGGAUUGAGGGGCGAUGCCGUUCGGUCUGGCCAACCCCCUCGAGCACCGCUCCGGAGACAAAGCCAGCGCGUGAGCGGCGCCCUCGGCCCGGGGGCAGCGGAAUGAAAGAAGGCAUGUCCAACAACAGCACUGCCAGCAUCUCCCAAGCCAGGAAGGCUGUGGAGCAGCUGAAGAUGGAGGCCUGCAUGGACAGGGUGAAGGUCUCCCAGGCAGCAGCGGACCUCCUGGCGUACUGUGAAGCUCAUGUGCGGGAGGACCCUCUCAUCAUUCCAGUGCCUGCGUCAGAAAACCCCUUCCGAGAGAAGAAGUUCUUUUGUACCAUCCUCUGACUCCGUUUGCUAUGAAAAUGUCUCCUUUUCUGUCCGUAGAAUCCCUUGUAGAGACCGCGCAUGCUCAUAGCUUUAGGGAGCUCUGCCCGCACACACCGCCUCCACCCCCGCCCAACCAGGAUGGCCCAGGCCUGUCUCCUCUUUUCAUUGGUUUUCUUCACUGCAUUCUAUUUCACUUUUUCUUUUCAUUUUCAUGUUAUUUUCAUUAUUAGAAGAGGAAAUAGACAUUUUUGUAGCCAAAUAACAAAUGUGCCAAGUAAAAAUAAGCAUGGGUUUAAGGGCUUAAAGUUUUAAAAUAUCAAUUCCUAAGUUUACAUAGGUCACGUGUAUACAUUUCAGUGGGUAAUUUAUUGAGAAGUGGAUAAUUUAUUGAGAAGAGAAAACAAUCCCCCAUUCGUGAUCAUUCAGCAUCAAAUUAGAUCAUUUUGACCAACUGAAGUAUAUGGGUAAAGUUUCCAUCUCUCUUCCUGG